AUGGAAGAUCAGGUAGUUGUAAUGGAGGAGGAAGAGGAGGUAGUUGUCAUGGAGGAGGAAGAUCGGGGAGUUGUCAUGGAGGACAAGGGUACUGUGAGAGAAAACAACAUGUUUGGCCGUGUAUACUCCAGGAAAAGAAGUAAGCAGAAUGUUUUGCCAGUUGUUCAGGAGUUGGAGGUGCCAGCAGUUACAUCAACAGUUGAUGAAGUGGUUGAAGCGAUGGAGUCGGAGGUAAUGGACAUGCAUUAUACCGACCCGCAAACUACAUUCGUUGAUGUAAUGCAGAUUGGUUUCCAGGCCACUGCUGCGGCUGACGCCAGUAUAAGGACAUCUCCGACAACGAUACACGUCGAGGCAACUGAUGCUACUAAGGUUCUAACGCAAGGAGGCGACAGAGUUUAUGCAUUCUAUCACACCAGAAUCAUGGAAGGAAACUCUAAAAACUCCUGCAUUCGAGAGGUCAAAACAUCACCCAAUCGACUCAUCAGUCCCAAUGCCCGAGUUGCUAAGGAGGAUCAUGCACCAGUGGGGAAAGUGAUUUUUGAGUAUGUGACGAAGUUCCUCAAGGAUCAGAGGGUCGAUUGUAAAUUGGAUGCAGAAAUUUGCUUCGGCAUCUUCAAGAUGGAGUUGUAA